UAUUUGAUCAUGGACCCCCGUACCAGUGCCCAGGAUGUGCUGAGAUGUGACCUUUGUAAGACCGCUGUGGUGGAGAUGCACUGUGAUAUAUGCCUGGUCAACCUAUGCAAGGCCUGUGUCGGUGAACACAUGAUAUCGGAUGAAUCAAAUGAACACGAAAUUGUACGAUUUAUUCUUAGAAAAUCCACACCUAUUUACCCUGUGUGCAAAACUCAUGUAGAAGAACGAUGUGAAAUGUACUGUAAUCAAUGUGAUUUUCCUGUGUGUGCCACAUGCAUUGCUUCAGAUCAACAUCUAGGUCAUAAAUUAUUAAAAAUCUUACAAGUCCUUGAGGCAAAAAAGGAUAUGAUCAUAAAAGAAAGAACUGAACUAAAUGAAGUAAUUUACCCAACCUACCAGGACAUUGCCUCUGAUGUACAAAACAGAAUGAGUCAGUUAGAAAAGGAAUAUGGAGAUCUCUCAACAGCCAUAAUAAAACAUGGAGAGGACUGGCACAGAGAAAUUGACAAACUUGUCAAGAAACUUAAAGCUGAAGUUGAUCUGAUGAAAAACACACAGCUACAAACUCUACAGAAACAUCUGGACAAAAUAAACAAGAACGUUUCUGAAAUCAGGAAUAAAAUGGAUUUAAUUAAUGUUGCUAUGGAUUCUAAUAACAUUUCCAAACUAUUCAGUGUAACAUCUGAUAUAAACAAAUACAGAAAUCUUCCAGAGAAAAAGGUGCCCUCUUUGCCUAAAUUUACUCCAGGAACAAUCCUGAGAGAAAAAUUUGGUAAAAUAUUUGGAACUUUUUCCCCAAGUUCUUUAACUUCAGACAAACAAGGCUACAGUAUGAAGACAUCAGAGAAAUCACCAGAAGCUGGAUCCUCUCCUCCAGUCAAACAGCUGCUUAAUCAACCAGAGACAGUCACCACCAUAGACACUGGGUAUAGCCGUAACCUUUGCAAUGUGGCCUGUCUGAGUGAUGAAGAAAUCUGGACAAGUGGCCAUAAAAACAAUACCAUGAAACUCUUCAGCAUCAAUCAAGGAUCUCUACUCAAGUCAAUCAGAACCAAGUCAGGGUAUGAGCCAUGUAACAUAGCAGUGACAAAAAGUGGAGAUCUAGUUUAUACUGAUGCCACAACUCUCAACAUUGUGAAGGAUGAAGAAAUUGAGGAGGUGAUCAGACUACAGAAUUGGAUACCUUACAGUGUCUGUAGUACCUCCUCUGGUGACCUCCUGGUUAUCAUGUACAGUAAUGAUAACAAACAAACAAAAGUUGUCCGUUACUCUGGCUCCACAGAGAAACAAACCAUUCAGUUUGAUGAUAAAGGUACACCCCUCUACUCAUCUGGUGCUUUCCACAGAAAUAUUACUGAGAAUGGAAACCUGGAUAUCUGUGUGUCCGAUUCCGAAGCUAAAGCAGUAGUGGUGGUCAAUCAGGCCGGGAAACUGAGAUUCAGGUACACUGGACAUACUUCUGCUGCAUCCUUCUAUCCACAAGGAAUCACCACAGACAGUCAGAGUUGCAUCCUAAUAGCCGAUUAUAACAACCACUGUGUCCACAUCAUAGACCAGGAUGGACAGUUCCUCCGUUACAUAGACUCUGGAUUGAAAUAUCCCUGGAGACUGAGUAUAGAUACUAGUGACAAUUUAUUUGUUGCUCAAUAUGAAAACAGACAAGUAAAGAAAAUCAGAUAUCGGAAAUGAAAACAUAAUUUAAGAAAUCAAAGAAAAAUAAAACAAUAUUAAUAAAAGAAUUUUUUUUACCAUAC